AGGUAUUUGCCCUCAGAAAAGAUGGAGGCAGCUGAGUGAUGCCACUUCCGCCUAUGGUUGCUAUGUCAGAACCUGGAGACGGGUAAAGAGGAGGCAGGUUGUCCCAGAUAAAGAGCAUAGUGAGCCGUGAUAUCUACUAAAAUGGCGUGUAGAUGGAUUACGCAGGAGACCUUUGAUGCUGUUGUACAAGAAAAUAUUACAGAGUUUGAGAUGGACCCAGAUGAAGCGUUGACUGAAGCUAUCCAGCAAUUUGAGUCUCAAGGGGUUGACUUGACAAAUAUUGUUAAGGCACCGAAGAAACCUUGCAGCGAAAAUGAGGUUGAACCGAACCACGACAUUCUGCAGAUACUGGAGUCCCUGAAGAAAGCCAUAGACUCAUCAGCUUUAAACAGUGUCUCAGAACUCCUUGUCAAGUUUGGGGACCAGUGUAAACAGGGGCUGGCACACCGUUACCUGGCAGGCCAGAAAUCUGCCUACCCUGUGGUGUUGAAAGCGUGGAAGCUUUCAGAAGGAGACAGAGAAACAUUGUUGAAUGCCCUCUACGCCAUGUCCUGCCUCACUGAUGGACAGCCUGAUUUACUAGAGGCUGAUGGACGACAACUGCUGAUUCAGGCUUUGCAGAACCACGCGAGUGACGCAGAGGUGACACUGCUAGCCAUUCGUCUCAUCCGCCACGUGUGCCUAAAGCAUGAGCAAAACCGUCAGGAUCUUGUGAAGGCAGGGGUUUUACGGCACCUGACCGCUGCCAUAACAAACCAUGGUGCAGAUCUAGAAGUUCUGCGUGAGUCCUGCUCUGCUCUGAGGAUAAUGACCUUUGACGAUGACAUUCGAGUCCCAUUUGGCCAUGCUCAUGAUCAUGCCAAGAUGAUUGUUUUGGAGUAUGGCGGCCUGAAGCUUUUAAUCCAAGCUGCAAAAGCAUUUGCAGAUAACCCUGGUGUCCUUAGUGAGCUGUGUGGUACCAUUGCCCGUCUCUGUGUGCGUAAUGAGUAUUGUCAGGACGUGGUUGACCUGGGUGGCUUGAACUUCAUGGUGGCAUUGUUAGCAGACUGCAUAGACCAUCAGGAACUGGUAAAACAGGUGUUAAGUGCCAUCAGAGCCAUUGCUGGGAAUGAUGAUGUAAAAGAUGCCAUUGUGAACUCUGGAGGGACCGACCUCAUUGUCCUGGCAAUCUCGCGACACCUCUCCAAUGUUCAGGUCUGUGAUCAGGGUUGUGCUGCACUAGCUAUGCUGGCUCUGCGCAAACCGGAAAACUGCAACGUGAUCAUGGAGGGUGGUGGAGCACUAGCUGCUCUCCAGGCCAUGAAGACACAUCCACGGGACCCCACCGUGCAGAAACAAGCUUGCAUGGUGAUCAGGAAUCUAGUCUCUCGGAAUCCAGAGUUCUGUGAGCCCAUCUUGGAAAUGGGAGCAGAGUCGCUGAUCGUACAGGCUCGCAGCACACACAAAGACUGUGACGAUAUAGCCAAAGCUGCUCUAAGGGACCUUGGAUGCAAAGUAGACCUCCGAGAGCUAUGGACUGGCAAGAAAGGAAGCUUAGAGCGCUGAUCCCAGCAUGACCUGGUCAGAAUAAAACGCUAGCAGGUUAAAAGGAGGCAAAGGAUAUUGUCUGUCCCUCCAAAAAUGAGCAUAUGUGCUCCACUGUAAACAGUCUUUAUUUAUUUAUGUUGUACAUGGAUUAACAAGGCACAAAGCCAGUGGUAUAAAUCACAUGCUAUACUUUUACAGUGUCUAAUUUGCUUCACCUGGAGUUUUUAUUAAACAUUAUGUCUAUACACUUUACAAAGCCCUAAACAGA